AUGACAACCUACGUGGAACUGAGCACAAAAGCAAAGAUGCCUAUCCUGGGACUAGGAACCUGGCAGUCCCCAAUUGGGAAAGUGAGAGAGGCCGUGAAGUUUGCCAUUGAUGUUGGAUACCGCCAGUUCGACUGUGCCUAUGUGUACCAGAAUGAAAAUGAAAUAGGGGAUGCGAUCCAAGAGAAAAUUGAGGAGGGGGUUGUGACACGGGAGGACCUCUUUGUCGUCAGUAAGCUGUGGUGCACAUUUCAUGAGAAAUCCCUGGUGAAGGGAGCAUGCCAGAAUACGCUUGCUGCACUGAAAUUGGAUUAUCUGGACCUCUACCUGAUGCACUGGCCCAUGGGAUUCAAGGUCGGAGAAGAACUAUUUCCUGCAGAUGAGACUGGUAUGAUCAUUCCAAGUGGCACAGAUUUUCUGGACACAUGGGAGGCUAUGGAAGAGCUGGUGGAUGCAGGACUGGCAAAAUCCAUUGGAAUCUCCAACUUUAACUGUGAACAGAUAAAAAGGCUCUUGGACAAACCUGAUUUAAAAUACAAACCAGUGAAUAACCAGAUUGAGAGCCACCCAUACCUUCCUCAGGAAGAGCUGGUUAAGUAUUGCCAGUCCCAAGGGAUCGCUGUCACUGCAUACUGUCCCCUUGGAGCUCCCAACUGGCCUUGGCCCAAGUCCGAAGACUUUUUCCUCUUGGAUGACCCCAAGAUAAAGGAAAUUGCAGCCAAGUACAGCAAAACCUCAGCUCAGGUUCUGAUCCGGUUCCACAUCCAAAGAAAUGUGAGUGUAAUUCCCAAGUCUGUCACUCCACAUCGUAUUGAGGAGAAUUUUAAGGUGUUUGACUUUGAAUUAACUAAAGAGGAGAUGGAAACGAUCCUCAGCUUUAAGAGGAGAUGUAGAAUCUGUUCCAUAAACAUGUGCACAAAUCACAAGGACUAUCCUUUCAGAGAAGAUUAAACCUGGCAUUGUCUUGACAUUCUUCAGGGCUUAGAAUGAUUGGAUUCUGCUGAUCCUUUAGUCUGGUUAGCUGAACUGAUGAGCAUGUUCACGUGCACUAUACAAUUAUGGCAUCAUUUAAUCACCAGUGUAAAUGUAUUAUGUACUGCCUGCUGGCAGAGAAGAUUCUACAAGAAGCUUGAAGAACAAAGCCUGAAGACAGUCCAAUUUGCUGCCCUUACAUCUACUAUU